UUGACAAAGAGUUUGCAAGCCUAGAGAUUAUUUCUACAUAAUGAGCAAAAUUGUUACAGCAUUGACAGAAAUGGUGUAUGCGAAUAUCUGAUUCAUGAGAAUGGGAUUUCUCUGUGAUGUGUAAAAAUCCCAUCAGUUCUUGUGCAUGAAAAUAACUGUAUGGUGCCUGUCAUCUUAAUUCUUUGCUAAAUCUGAAUAAUGAGUGCAGCAAAAGUCAAGCGUGUUGUAGGGAAAUAUGAGUUGGGAAGAACAAUUGGGGAAGGAACAUUUGCUAAAGUUAAGUUUGCAAGGAGUUCUCAAACUGGCGAUCCAGUGGCCAUCAAAAUUCUUGACAAGGAGAAAGUUCUUAAGAACAAGAUGGCUGAACAGAUAAGGCGGGAAAUAGCAACGAUGAAGCGAAUAAAGCAUCCCAAUGUAAUUCGCUUGUAUGAGGUAAUGGGAAGCAAGACUAAGAUAUACAUUGUCUUGGAGUAUGUGACAGGAGGAGAGCUUUUUGACAAGAUUGUACAUCAUGGACGAAUGAAGGAAGAUGAAGCAAGAAAGUAUUUUCAGCAACUAAUAAAUGCUGUUGACUAUUGUCAUAGCAGGGGUGUUUACCAUAGAGAUCUGAAGCCAGAAAAUUUGUUGUUGGAUAAGACUGGGGAUCUUAAAGUUUCUGACUUUGGGUUGAGUGCAAUCUCUCAGCAACAGAUCCAGGGCGAUGGACUUCUUCAUACCACGUGUGGAACUCCAAACUAUGUUGCUCCAGAGGUCCUUGAUGAUAGAGGGUAUGAUGGGGCAACAGCAGACUUGUGGUCAUGUGGCGUUAUCCUUUUUGUAUUGCUCGCAGGUUAUUUGCCUUUUGAUGAUUCCAAUCUUAUGAACCUAUAUAGAAAAAUCUCAGUGGCUGAAUUUACCUGCCCACCUUGGAUGUCCUUCAGUGUGAAGAAAUUUAUCACGCGGAUCUUAGAUCCCAACCCGGGAACUCGUAUGACUAUCCCUGAAAUACUGGAUGAUGAGUGGUUUAAAGUGGAUUAUAAACCUCCUGUGUUUGACGAUGAAGAUGACACUAGCUUGGACGAUGUUUAUGCAGUUUUCCAGGACUCGGAGGAACAUCAUGUGACAGAGAAGAGAGAAGAACAGCCAACAGCCAUGAAUGCAUUUGAUUUGAUUAAUAUGUCUAAAGGGCUAAACCUAGGAAAUCUUUUUGACGCAGAUGAGGUUUCUAAAAGAGAAACAAGAUUCACAUCUAAGUGCCCUCCCAGUGAAAUAAUUAAAAAGAUUGAAGAAGCUGCAAAACCUCUUGGUUAUGAUGUACACAAGAAAAAUUAUAAGAUGAGGCUUGAAAAUGUCAAAGCUGGCCGAAAGGGAAACCUCAAUGUCGCUACAGAGGUGCUGCAAGUUGCUCCAUCCCUUCAUCUGGUUGAGGUUAGAAAAGCCAAGGGAGAUACAUUGGAAUUUCACAAGUUCUAUAAAAAACUUUCUAGCUCAUUGAAGGAUGUAGUUUGGAAAACAGAAGAAGAGAUGCAAACAUCGAACGUGGAAUCUAAGCAAUUUUGUGCUUAGGCUUUGGCACGGUCACAAUACAACCUGUUGCCCUUGCUGUUAUGGUGGCAUUUUUUCCAGUAGCGCCCUCUUGUGGUGAUUAUCUCUUGCAGUUUAGCGUCGAUGAGUUUGGCGAUAUUUUCUUAUUAGGUGGGGAAGUAAUGUAAACUCAUGUACAGUUUGGUUGACUCAGCCUUGACAAAUAUCAAAUAUGUAGUGCUGAGGGUAAUCGUGUAUCAUUGUACUAACAGGUGAAGUAAAUAAAGUUAGUGAGCUGCUAAAUUCUACCUGUUACUGACAAUAGCCCGCUUCGGUAAAUAAAUUGUUGUUAACUUGUAA